UGAUGCUGCAGGACUUAUUUCCUGAUGCUAUUCCGUCGCCUCUGAGAGAAGAAUAUGGACUUACGGACGACAUCGCGUUGGACCAUGAAUCCUUUGCAAACCAUGCCUCCUUGCUGGAGCAGUUCAUGCGAGGCGCUGGACCGUCGGACGCCUCCUUCCUGUGCGGGCCUGAGCAGCAGGGGGCGUGCGGCGAGUACCGAAGCAGUAAGUCCCUGUUUGCGGAGACCCCCACCUCUGACAGCUGCGACGUCUUCUAUGGUUAGCAGCUCCUCUGUGAGCUCUGUCCAGGAAACAUCGGAUGGAGACAGUAGUCACACGAGUGGCAGCUUUGCCCCAUGUGACAUCGGUUUGCUCGAGAGGCUGAUCCGUACUCACCCUAUCUGGUUCCUCCCCGGAAUUGGAAGAGCUGGUGCUGUUCAUUUGUUACAAGGCAAAGAUGUAGGGAACUUUAUAGUGCGUCAAUCAAGCAAGCCCAAUACAAUGGCCCUGUCUGUUCGACUGCCAGAAAAUAAAGGUCCCUAUGUGGAGCACUACUUAAUUGAGACUGUUGGUGAUGCUCAGUUGCGUCUGGAAGGCUCCGACAACAAUUUUCACGCCAUCCCUAUGUUGGUAGCUCAUUAUUGUCAGUGCUGUGAUGAAUUACCAGUGCAACUAACAUUGUCAGCACCUCUUGCUCAAGCUGGCUCUAGGCAAGAACUUUCUUCUCUAGCUCUCCUGGGUCAAGAUUUCUGGCUUUCCAGUCUAGUCCACAGCCCUUCAACGGCUCCUCCAGUGGGUCCAUUCCUUGGCUCAGGACCUUCUGAAAAUGUACCUUCACAUUCCACAUUUAAGCCAGGACUCAGCACGCGAAAUGGAGCUUCUCCACCUACGACCUUAACUCUUCCUAAUUGUGAGAACCCUGCAGAUAUCAGUUCUCCAAGCAGCAGCUCCCCGCCACCACCAGUAGCACCAAAGCAUCAGAGUCACACAGCCCCACCACCUCCACCACCACGCUCAUUCUUGACCUCUAGGACAUCUUCCUGUGCCAACUUACCAGCACCACCACCACCUUGCAUGAGCUCAGAAACAUCUCCCGAUGUCUCAUCUCCGAGCAGCAACAACGAGUGUCAGGACCAGUGUAAUUCAAUAAAUGGUGAAGGGGAAGUAACCGGUGUAAAACCAGAAGAUCAUGAAAGCAAAAAGAACGAGAAGAAAAUUCCUCGUGUUGCUCAUUACAAACAAUCUAAUAUUGCCGAUUUAUCCACUACUUAUUAUAAAAGCAGCUUAUCUGAUAAAAUCAGUGAUUAUGAAGAUAUUUGGGGGAACACUGGUUUGAAAGAAGGUGAGAAAAAGGCAAAGCUAAAGUCUUUCCAGUCAGCUGAAAAUAGGCAGUCAGAUUACCUUGAAAACCUAAAAUCUAAAAAUUAUGAUCUUUUCCAAAGGCAGCAAAGUGAUAGUAUUCUCGCUACAAAUCUCCGUUACAUGUCUUCGCAAGGCACACAAACUGAAAUUGCUCCAGUGAUGCUGUUUGGUUCUGAAAACAUGCAGAAUCAAACAGAAACUGAAGGUUCCAUUUUAAUUCAGAAUGAAUCUUCACAAGAAGAAGGUGAACAUUUUUCUAGUCCAUUUUACUCUGAGCCCGUCGACUCUUUACCUCUUGAGUUAGAUUUAACAAGGACUGCUGCUUUUCCAGAUGUAGAUUCUUUGCAACAUAGACUUUUUAAUCACAGAUUUUCAGAUCCCAAUUUACAUUGGCCACAGAAUGCGUCCUGUCGAAAGAUAGAGGCUACACUCGAUGAAGAACGAAUGGCUAGUCUGUCUUCAAGUGUGGACAAUAUUAAAGGUUUAGGACCUUCACCACAGCACAGAAAGCAGCAAAACAUUGCUCUUUCAACACAGUGGGUCCAAGAACUUAAUCAACGUAUUUCAUCUCAUUGCCCGAAGAAGGACAGUCAGACGCAGGUGUCAAUACAUGACUUAAAAAGUGACAAAAAAUCUUCCUCUCCAAAGAAGUCCAAGAGCCGCUCUCAAAGCAACAAUGCUUGGCCCCUAGAUUCUUCUUGGGAGUGGAUGGCACAUGACGAUAGCAGCAGUGAUGAAAACGAUGUGAUAUCGGGAACUCCUGAAUCUAAAUUCCCUCUGCAUUUGAGCUAUAAGGAUGCAGAUAGCCAGCUCGGUGAUACAACGACAGUCGAAGACCUCAUCGCAUUGCGUUCUCCGGAACUAGCGCUUCCAAACAUUAGGCCUUUGACUCAGAGCAACGUGAUGCGUGCGUCGGAAUACGAUAAUCUUGACCGUCCACCACCCGAUGUAGAACAAGAUGUAGCGGAUAGGCAACGUGUCAGCGAACUCACAGAUGAUGCCGCCACUGAAUUUUCCGAACCUUGGGAUAGCCUUAGAUGGGAAAGGUUAUUGAGGUUGAUGAUUCCUGAGACGGAUAUUUUGGGAGAUGAUGACACUUUGCAAAGAGAGAAGAUAGAAAAUCAAAAGAAUUACAUUUUAGAAUUCAACAAAAGGAACGAAAUAGGGUGUGAAGAAACUCCUCAUACAGUAGGCUUUGAAGAUAACGAGAGUAAUUCGACCGUCAGUGCAUAUAGUGAUGUUACCAGUGAUGGUGUAGAUGAUACUUCUGCAUCUGAUUAUCCACCUGCAGAUCUAGAUCGAUACAGAAAUAAAAGCUUCGAAGAACGUCUCGAACCUUUGCUUGCUGCUCAAAGAGUUACUGCACUGAGGAAUCGUAGUAUAUCAAGGAUUGGAGAAAAUAUUAGGCAUUAUAUAUUUCGGCUAGCUGAUGAAAGGGAUAAUACAUUUGCCAAAUCUAUUGAACAUUUCAUUCAGUGUACAAAAGAAAGCAAUGAAACUAAGCCUGCUGUUGUGAUGAGAAAUAUUCGACAGUUUAUGAGUGGUAUUAAAAACUAUCUUUUAAAACAUGGUGAAGGACGCUUUGAAAAUUUACUCCAAGAAGAAAGAAGCAAGCUAAGGUCAGACGAAUUUCUUGACAUUGAUGCUGUGAUUGAAGAUUCUCUUCAUAAGCUGGUUAUAAAACCUCUCAAAGCGUUUAUUUAUCAGCUUUUUGUAAAUGAAUACACUAGGAAUGGAUCAUUAAAAUUACUCUCAGAUAACAUUAAGUUUGCGCGCACAAAAACCCCUGAAGAGCUUGGAGUUCGACCUGAAUUCAAACUUCCUGAGGGUACAUCAUUAGAAGUGGUCAACCAUUUCCUCAAUAGGUUGCAGCAAGCAUAUUCACCUCUUAAGAAAUUAGAAAAUUUAUUGGCAGCAAUUUCCACCAUCUAUAACAGUGUUCAACAAGAUAAAAUUGCUCAAGGGAAAGAGCAUGUGUCUCUUGGUGCUGGAGAUUUUUUACCUAUCUUCAUUUGUGUCCUUGUUCGCUGCGGUCUGAUCGCUGCCGAAAUUGAAGCAGAUUACAUGUGGGGGCUACUUCAUCCAUCGCUCAUGGCCAGGGAAGGAGGGUAUUAUCUCACCACACUGAGUAGUGCAGUUCAUGUUCUGAAAAGUUUGCAAGCUUGCAGUCCCGAAUCUCCACCCAAUAGCAAUGGGAGCUCUUUUGAUAAUGUGCCAGGGGCAAGUUCUAGUGCUCGCUCUUAUGGCAUGGAUAUGGGCAGUCCAAGGUCUCAGCUGGGCUGCAAGACGCCAUCUCCUGAACCCAGACUUGCCUGUAUUGCUGACCUUCAGGGAUUUCUAAAAAUUAUGAUUCCAGAUGAGUUGACUGGCAGUAUUAUUUCAAAAACUCUUCCAAUUAAGCCAAAUAUGACAACUAAAGAAGUUGUUAAACUGAUUGCUCACAAAUUCAAUGUAACAAAUCCUCAGGAUUACUGUCUGUUUAAACUUGUUGAUGGUGAAGAAACUAUGCUUGGUGAUAGUGAGUGUCCACAAAUUAUUAAGGCUGACCUUAUGGCUGCUGGAUCCAAUUGUUUGUUUACGUACAAGCGCUGUGAUGCCAAAUUCAUUUGGCCAAUACUGGAGAAAUCAUCCUAACUUUUUAAAUGGAGUUUAAGAGAAGUAAAAAAGGAAACAUUUGUGAUUUGACCAAUUUCUAUAAUAUUUUUUGUUAAUAGUUUAGAUAUUUUCGAUUUACGUGUAUAGAAAACAUUGAUUUAGAUUCUCAUUAUGUAAAGCACUGUAUGUAAAGUUAU